CUCGUUAGCGGAAAUCAGGCUGUUAGCUUCAGGAAACCCACUGGUGGAGAAAAGCUUUUCUUUCUGUUAUCAAACCUGCCCAGCACGGAGUCAAACACACACCGGAGCUGCAACAAACUCCAGCCAAUGGACCCCCGGAUUGUAAUACAGAAUCUGCGGGUGGUCCAUCGAUAGCACGCCCGGGUGCCGAGGCGUUGGGCCGGAACCAGAACCAGGCCCAGACGGACGGACAGACAUAACCAGCGCUGCGUUCUGCGACGCCGGCGGGCUGGUGUGUGUGUGUGUAUGUGUGUGUCGGAAUUGGCAUGCUGUCUGUAGGGGAAGUGUAAUGUGUAUCUUGCUGUCUGUAGCUAGGCAGCAAGUCCCCGGUACCGGUGGUCGAUGUAGAGGCUUGAGGCUCGAGCAUGGGACAGCGAGCUAGCUUUACCGCUAGCUAACACCGGAGUUAACGGACAUCAACUUUUACUCGCUAUCAGCAUAAGAAAAACCACAAGUAUGAGCGGUAGACUUGGGUUUAGUGAAUGAAGAGGGUUUAUUUUAUACCGUGUAACAUUUGUCAGUUCGCUUGUUUGCUCUUGUAAAGGCCUGAUAAAUGUUUCUGGAGCGAGUACAGCAGUGUAGCUAAAUCGUUAGCUGCUAAGUUAGCCUACCUCCACCGCCCCAAUGAAAGAGUACAAAGUUGUCGUGCUGGGUAGCGGCGGCGUCGGCAAGUCCGCGCUGACCGUCCAGUUUGUCACCGGCACCUUCAUCGAGAAAUACGACCCGACCAUUGAGGACUUCUACCGCAAGGAGAUCGAGGUGGACUCAUCGCCCUCCGUGCUGGAGAUCCUGGACACGGCGGGGACGGAGCAGUUCGCCUCCAUGAGGGAUCUGUACAUAAAGAACGGGCAGGGGUUCAUCCUGGUCUACAGCCUGGUCAACCAGCAGUCAUUCCAGGACAUCAGACCGAUGCGAGACCAAAUAGUGAGAGUGAAGCGCUUUGAGAAGGUGCCAUUGAUCUUGGUCGGGAACAAAGUCGACCUGGAGUCUGAGCGUGAGGUCGCCGGGUCGGAUGGACGAGCUCUGGCUCAAGAGUGGGGCUGCCCCUUUAUUGAAACGUCUGCCAAAAGCAAGACCAUGGUGGAUGAGCUGUUUGCAGAGAUCGUGCGACAGAUGAAUUAUUCCACACUGCCAGAGAAGCAGGAACAGUGCUGCACAGCCUGCGUGGUACAGUGAGGAAGAGAUGUAUCGUAUGUCUGGAUCACCACAAGCAUUUUGAUGAACCGUGGAACAACCUGACUUUGACCCUACUGACAAAAACUUACCAGAGCUGGUAACGUUUUUGUUCACGGUGGUUUCUGACUGUCGAUCACAGAGCAUCUGACAGGAAAGACGUCAGUCCUAUUUUUGAUAUCACAACUGAUGAAAGACGUUUCUGCUGCAACCUCAACGGCCUUUGUGAUGACCCAGGAUGGAGUCAGACAGACGGACUUGGCCAUCUGUGAAAAUUUCUGUCUUUUUUUUUUUUUUUUUUUCUCCUUUUAGUCAGAAGUAUCCCAGAAAUAAUAAACAGGAGUGUUUGUGAGGUUGCAGCUUCUUUUUAAAGCUGCUUUAAUCACUAUUAUAUACUUUAUUACUAUUACUUGUAUUAUGUCUCAAGUUUGGAAUUUGACAAAGUAUUUCAUAAUAUUGAAACAUUUUGACUUUUAAGCAUGCAUACUUCAAACAGUUUGCUGCCCAGGUAUACUGCUGGCUUUACUUUGAAAAUCUUGUCAAUGACAGUUCCUCUAACUGACACAAACAGCACUAUGUAUUAAGAGUUUUUUUUAAACUUCAGGACACUUGGACAGUAUGUAUGACUGUGGAUUAAACUGUUACUUUAUCCACCAGUCCACUCUGUCGCCCUGUGGUCUAAAACUUACCGUUUUUAUUCUUGUAGUAGCCUGAAGCAGCUAAACUCAUCUGAAAACAUGCAUGCUGAAAAUUGAAAAUGUUCUACUAAAUCAACUUGAAGUGAUAAGGAAGAGCCAUUUUACUGUUUUUAGCCUGAAUUCUGUCAGUCUCUACAAGGCAUGAAUCGCGUGGACGCAGGUCUUCCAUUUUCAAUUUUCUCGAGGAGUCUCGGUGGGAGAAUGAUUGUGGAACGACCAAAGAAAGCUCACAUUGCAUAUUUGUGAUUGACUACAUGAUGUGUGUUGCUUUAAAUCCAGGAGACGCUGAUUUCAUGUCAUUAAAUAACUUCUGCCGCAAUGUGGUUUGAUAAAAGUUCUGGCACAGUUAAUCAGAUUUAACUUUGUAUUUUUCUUUCUUAUAGUAACCUAUUUAUUAAAAACUAAUGACAUGGGUAGCCAGUUUUAAACUUUUAAUUUUAUACUAGUUUUUGCUUUUUGUGACUUUUCACAAUUCAUGGUAUAUUUGUUUUUUUGAAGCUGAGAAUUUAACAGAGCCUUAAAUAAUUUCUGUUGCACCCUGGUCUCAUGUUUCUUUUUUGUGUCCUCAAAGACACAGCUGUCAUCUGGUAAUAAACAUGCUGCCCUUCCUGCUUUUAUCAUGGGA